AUGCUGAGGAGUGAUGUGAAGAGAAGGGCGCCAAACAAUUCUUUGGCUAUAAUUCUGAUGAUUUCUAACGAGAAUAUUGUCAACACAGUUAUGAUUAGCAAUGAAUUUCCAAUAUAUAAGCUCUUCAUUAAGUCUGAGUCCAAUUCGUCGAAAUCCAGAAUUGUUUGCAUUGUAGCGGCGAUAGGUUCGACCCAAUCGGCCGAUCAAUGCUUGAACUUUCCGUCGGGAAUCCAGCGUAUGGUCAGAGGUAUUGAUGUGACAAAACUGGAUUUGUCUCCACAAGACUUGGCUCAGUCUAAUGGCUUUCAGAGAGCACUCGUAUCGUUGACUUGCACUCAGGGCAAGAAAUGGCAGCACCCCUUCGACCCGACCCUUGUCUUUGACAUUCCCGAUCAGGUCGACACCAUUAACACCCUUCCCGGAGGUGUUCUCAACACAAAGGCAACGCUGAUUGAAACCACUGAAGACUUUAAAAAGUCAAAGGGAUUUGAUUUGGGUCUCGAUGUAAAUACUGUGGCUUAUGGUGCAUACGGUGUGAGCGGUUCCUUUAAACAGGCACAGGAAGACCUGGUUAACUCUACCAAAUCAAUAGUUGAGGUGUCUGCAUUUGUUUCGGCCAUUCGUGUCGAUAUGAGCCCAUACUAUGAGAUCACACCAAACCAAGAGUUUCAAGACUUUGUC